UAUAUGGUUUCUUUAGUACCACAGUGUCAUUGACUACAGCAGACAUAAAGCUGCAGAGACACUGACAGUGAACUGAAUCCAAAAAUGGAGAAAGUGUCUCGUUUAAUUGUGGGAUUCAUGCUGUUGUCCCAACUAGAUGUGGGAACUACCUUUAAAUUGAUUUGUUAUUUCACAAAUUGGGCACAGCACAGACCAGGAAUAGGCAAGUUUAUGCCAGAAAACAUCCCUCCUUGCCUGUGCACCCAUCUAAUUUAUGCAUUUGCUGCCAUUGAUAAUCACCAUAAGAUUGUGACGAAGGAAAAAAAUGAUGAAGCUCUUUAUGCAUCAUUUAACAGUCUCAAAACAAAGAAUCCUAAUUUGAAGACACUCUUGGCUAUUGGAGGAUUUAAUCCACAAAGGUUCAGCACUACAGUUGCUACUAAGAAAACUCGUGCAACAUUCAUCUUCUCUGCGAUCAAAUUUGUUAGGAAGUAUGACUUUGAUGGUCUCGACUUAGUAUGGGACCACCCAGGGUCAAGGGGAAAUCCAUUUGAUAACAAGAAAAGGUAUACAGUUUUGCUUAAGGAAUUGAGACAAAACUUACAAACAGAAUCAAAACGCACUAAAAGACCCAGACUUUUACUCACAGCUGCAUUGCCUGCUAGUAAGGCUAAAAUUGAUGCUGGUUUUGAGGUGAAGAAAGUUGGUCACUACCUGGAUUCAAUCCAUGUGAUGACAUACGAUUUUCAGAGUGCCUGGAACACAUUCGCUACACAUAACAAUCCCUUGUUUCAUUCCAUUCCAAAGCAGCGUGAAUCUACAUUUUUCAACAUGGAAUUUGCUGCCAAAUACUGGAGAGAAAAUGGUUUACCGGCAGAAAAACUGAUCAUUGGAUUCCCAACAUAUGGACGAACUUUCAUGCUUAAGAGUUCCGGCAAUAACAGUGGUGGUGCCCCUACAGUUGGACCAGGCCCAGCUGGUAUCUAUACAAGAGAUCCUGGCUACUGGGCUUAUUACGAGAUCUGUGACUUCUUGAAAAGUGCUGAUAAACCAAUUUAUACAUCACAAAUGGUCCCAUUCGCUUCUAAGGGAAAGGUGUGGCUUGGAUAUGACGAUAUGAACAACUUUGAGACCAAAGUCCAAUGGAUGAAAGAUAACAAAUUUGGAGGAGCAUUUUUGUGGACGAUAGAUCUUGAUGAUUUGCAAAAUCAUUGCAAACAGGGAGUACUUCCACUAACAACCAGAUUGAAUAAGCUUCUUGAAAUAAAUUCAGGCUGUGGAAAACUGAACAUGGAAAACAGUCGUAGAGUACCUGCAGAUAUUGAUCAGGGAUGGUGUGCCAAUAAAGAUAUUGGCAUUUACCCCGACCCAACAGAUAUAACCAAGUUCUACCGCUGUGCUAAGAUAGCUGUGCAUGAACGCUGUGGUGAAAACCAGAUCUUUGAUCAAGAAUGCAAGUGUUGUACAUGGCCUCAAUUUAAGACAUAUUAUGAUCCAACAUGGUGUUACAACAAACGUGAUGGUUUCUACCCUGAUGAAAACGAUGUUUCAAAAUUCUAUAUUUGUGCUGGGCACCAGGUCUUCUGGAGGGAUUGUGCCAAAGGGCUGGUCUUUCAUAUAGGCUGUAAAUGCUGCAACUGGCCCAUCACCAAUAGGCAAGGACCCAGAUCAAUUAGAGAAAAUGAAGGAAUCUUUAACAAUCUAUUUUAAUCAACAUUCAACCAUACAACAAAUUAUUUUCAACUUUAAUUUCUAAUUCCAACUUUUGCCACCUUCCUCGUUGUUAGUACAUCAAUAAAAUGAGAAUCUAGUACGAAAACAUAUCAGUUAGUUACAGGUAUGGCAUGAAUCUCAACAGAUUGCCUACAUUUUGUUUUUCUUAAUACACCAGAGUGACAGAUGACCAGUCAUUAAUUUGAGCCUUGUUUCAUUGUACUCGAAUUUAACUAAAAUUUAGCAUCAAGCUCACAGGACACUGGCCUCCAUCACAGACUGAACACUUUGGAUUUUUUUAUGAUCCAGUUUCUGGCUGAGGAAUUAAGAAAACAUAAACUCAUUUGGACCUAGUGUAUAUUGAUUUUAAAAUUCUUCGCUUUACAAAAUAAAACCAAAUCUUACUGCAAA